AUGGUUAUGAAACUGUUCCCCGACGAUCUCAUUGAACGUGCCGGAGGUAAGGAGAGUUUCCUAGCGGUUGCAAAGCGCUUCUACGAGAUGUCAUUCGAGGAUCCUAUUCUCGGAGUUCUGUACGAGGACAAAGAAGAACCCCACUAUAGAAUGUUUAGUAGGUGGGUGUUCACGGCUGUCGGGCUUGACGAUGAAAUGACUAAACGCGGUGGUACGAAAAUGAUCAAUUCCAUGCACAAGAAAGCACAACAUUCGAAAUACAGAGGUUGUGGCCCAAAAGAGGCCGGCUAUGUUGGUGCGGGCUUCACCAAGGAACAGAGGAAUCGUUGGUUGCGCACUCAAAUGAAGGCUUGCGAGGAGUUCAACGCUCCCCGAGAUUUUGUUGAGCCGUACAUACAUGGACUUUGUGUGUUCAUGGCGGUAUAUGGCCCCUUCACUGAAAGCCGCAAGGAAGAAGGUCCCCAGAGUGGUCAAUGUCCGGCUCAUCUGUUCCGACAGAGACGAGUGUCAGAGAUCACUUUGUCCUCUUUACCACCACAGAUACCAGGGUUUGACCUCCCCCAGGUAGUUGAAGACACGAGUGAAGAAUCUUCACUUGGAGUUCACUCUGACGAGGAUUCAUCCAACGAAAGAGAGUGA